AUGCCUCCGAAAAAGAUUCAACAACAAAACCGUGACGAGCAGACCUCUGCUUUCCGUGAGGUUUUCACUGAGUUUUCUCAGGAUCUAAGGCAAAUUAUGCAAGAUUCUGUUGCAAACACUGUGAGAGCUGUGCUUCAAGCUCAGGCUCAAGCACGACCGAUACAACCUAAUCGGAAUGAUCCGGUUUUUGAUGCAGAUUCUGAAGGGGAUGAUGACAAUCCGUUCGCCGGGGGAAACCAGCAACAUGGAAACCAGCAACGAGCAUUAGGUGAUGUUCUGGGAGGAGAAAAUCACCGUUGGGAGUCGGGUUUUCGACUCGAUCUUCCGGAGUUCUCGGGCAGCUUGAAACCAGAGGAGUUUCUUGACUGGCUAAGUGCAACGGAGGAGUUAUUAGACUUCAAAAGUGUUCCUGGUGACAAGCGUGUGCCUCUUGUGGCAACAAGGUUUAGAGGUAGAGCUUCGGCCUGGUGGCAACAACUCAAAGUCCAGCGAGUUAAUUCGGGAAAAAGUCGUGUGGAUUCAUGGGAUAAACUGAAGAAACAUAUGCGUCGUUACUUUCUUCCUUACAAUUAUGCAAGGACAGUUUACACCCAGUUUCAGAAUUUGCGACAAGGAACUCGAAGUGUUGAUGAAUAUUCAUCUGAGUUUUUUUCUCUGCUUGCUCGCAACAGUUUGUAUGAGGCAGAGGAGCACUCUGUUUCACGUUUCAUUGGAGGUCUUAAGCAACAGAUACAAAAUCAGCUUUUGCUCUUUAAUCCAACAUCGAUUUCUGAAGCACAUCAACGAGCUGUGUUAAUUGAGCAGAAUUUGCGUCCAACUCCUGCGUGGAGUUCAUCUACCCCUCGUUUUCGAUCUGUUACUAAUGGGGAAGCUAGCCACGCCAUUAAAACAGAGCAGCCUGCAUUGUCUCCUGCUCAAGAUGUUAGUAACACAACCUCGACAAUGAAACCGAUACGAUCUCUGACAUUUAAGUGUUUUAACUGCGGGGAAACAGGGCAUCGCCAAGCCUCUUGUCCUAAGCGCGUCCUGUUUGGUGAGGAAGAAGUUAUCUAUGAUGAGAAGUUAUCUAGGAUACCGGUGUUGCUUUAG